AGUGGGUUUGCCCAUUCGGCUUGUGAGUGACGCUAUCAACUCGCAAUCCCUCAACUUUGCCUGUUGCCACGCUCUGAGACAAGGGGCGCCGCGGUGGACCAGUUUACCGCCGAUCAACGUUGACAGUCAGAUCAAGCGAGGAACAACGUCGCCUUUUUUGAUGCAAUCAGUUUUUUCCUGUAUAUUCGCUUUUCAGUAAUAUUGUUUAAGAACAAUGAAUUUAGUUUCGCUACGGACUCUCCAUGUUGCGUAGGCUACGUCAAGGCUUUAUCUGCGAGUAGUGGACCUGCUGGGAUUCUGCGAGGAGAUAGUUUUGUUGGAAAGACAAAUAUGCCUCGGAGGAAACAAGAAGCGCCCAAGCGCGCAGCAGCUUAUUCUCCUGAGGACCUGAAGGAGGAGGAGGAGCGGUCAGUGGAGGAGGAGGAGGUGGCAGGAGGUGACCCCGACCUUGAAGAGGGUGACGUCCUUGAGACCGACGACUGCUCGGAGGACCAGGACCAGGUCACCGUGGAGACGAGGCGUGACCCAGACCCGUUGCUUAGGGAGACGGGCUUCGAUGGGGACAGUGUGGUGGCCGAGCCCUCGGGCCGGGAGAUGGACAGAGAAUCCCACGUCAGCGAGGCCAGCGACGGUCUGUCGGACUUUGACAGCAGCUCGGUGAAUGCGGAAGAGGGCGUGGCUCAGCCCGGCCUGAACGGAGGUCUUCAGCUGGAAAUGACCCCCCUGGGCCCUGACACCCUGGAGCAGAUGAAGGCCAUCUACUCCAGCUUCCUCACCAACUCCUACUGGUCCCCCCUGAACUUUAACCUCACCCAGACCCUGACACCAAAACCCACCCAGACCCAGGCCCAGACCCAGGCCCAGACCCAGGCCCAGACCCAGACCCUGAGCCUGGCUGCUGGGGAGAAGCCAGUGCGCAGCAGCAGUACCAGCAGUAGCUGCAGCAGCAAUAGUUAUGACUGGCACCAAUCAGCUGUGGCCAAGAGUCUCCAACAUGCCGCCCAGGCCCGCCACCCCCCCUCAGAGCCCAGUCUCUUCAGCACGGUCCAGCUCCACAGGCAGAACCCGCGCCUGUUUGGGUCCAUCUUCACCGGCGCCAGUAAGUUCCGCUGCAAGGGCUGCAGCGCCGCCUACGACACCCUAGUGGAUCUGACGGUCCACAUGAACGACACGGGUCACUACCGGGACGACAACCACGACCGGGCGGGCGCCGGGUCCAAGCGCUGGUCCAAACCCCGCAAGCGCUCGCUGCUGGAGAUGGAGGGGAAGGAGGACGCCCAGAAGGUCCUGAAGUGCAUGUACUGCGGACACUCGUUCGAGUCGCUCCAGGACCUGAGCGUCCACAUGAUCAAAACCAAACACUACCAGAAGGUUCCUCUCAAGGAGCCUAUGGCCCCUCUGGCUGCCAGGGUCACCUCCUCCAGGAAGAGAGCUACCAUCGGCCUGGACCUCUCCAGAAUCCCCCGCUCCAGAGAGGGCACCCCCAAACCCAAACACCCCUCGUCUGACUCCAGCGACCCCUCAUCGAAGGGCUCCAGCCAGUACACCACCCCCAACCACCGCUACGGGCACCAGAACGGUGCCAGCUACGCCUGGCAGUUUGAGUCCCACAAGGCCCAGAUCCUCAAGUGUAUGGAGUGUGGCAGCUCCUACGGCACCCUGCAGGAGCUGAGGGCCCACAUGAUGGUGACGGGUCAUUACAUCAGAGUGACCGGCUCCUCUGGAAAGAGAGGCAGGCAGGCCGCCCUAGAAACCUCCCCCAGCCCAGCCAGGGUUCUCACCCCCAGCCCCGCCAGGGUCACCUCCCCCACUGAGCGGGUCCAGUCAGUCCCCCUGGCCCCAUCCGCCUACUCCCCAGCUCCUCCUAGCACCUCCUCCCCUCCUGCCACCUCCUCUCCCCUCAUAAAAGACAUAAAAAAAGAGGAGGAGGAGUGCACCACGGAGCCUCUGGGAGAGGAGACCGGAGACAAACGGGUGACGAACGGCGAGGAGGUGGAUGAGAAGUUUGACGUCUCCUCCAAGUACUCCUAUUUGACUGAGGAGGACCUGAAGGAGAGCCCGAAGGGGGGCUUGGACAUCCUCAAGUCCCUGGAGAACACGGUCACCUCAGCCAUCAACAAGGCCCAGGGUGGCAACCCCAGCUGGGGGGGAGGUUACCCCAGCAUCCAUGCUGCCUACCAGCUCCCCAACGCCCUCAAAGUCCCCCAGGGCAGCACCGGCACAGAGAAAUACUCCCCUUUUAAAUACAUGUUCUCCGGAGGAGAGGGGCUCACCGGCCUUAGCAACCCCAGACCCCAGCAGCUGGUGUCCCCUCCACCUCCUCAGACCUCCCCCCUUCCUCAAAACAACUUCCAGGCCAUGGAGGAGCUGGUGAGGAAGGUGUCGGAGAAGGUGGCUAAGGUGGAGAGGAGGGUGAGACAGCCGCUGCCGUCCCCUAAGAGGGACAAGGAGCCCCGGGCCCAGCAGCCUCCCCCCGUCUCCCCCCCCUCCGGCAGCGAGGCCGCCGACUCCCCGCGAGCUGACUCCCCCAGGGAGCCCUGGAGGUCCGUUACCCCCGCCAACAGCGACCGCGGGAGCCACGGCGACAGGGCGUCGCCGGGGGAGGCCAAGAGAGAAGCGGGGAGGUCUCCUGGCUCGUCUCUUGGCAGCAGCACUGCCAUCAUCACGGGCCUGGCCCCCCCAGAGCAGCCCUUCCUCAACCCUCUAAGUGCUCUGCAGUCCAUCAUGAAUGUCCACCUGGGCAAGGCGGCUAAGCCCCACCCCUCCCUGCCGCCCCUGCAGGACCCCCUGAGCCUGCUGUCCAGACUGAGUCAGAGCAUGGCUGAGAGGGCCGCCGUGGCUGCCCCCCCCCUCCCCACACCGACCCCCGCCAGGAAGCCCCCUCAGCCGGAGUCCCCCGUGGAGCGUGGUCACUGCCAGCCAGAUGGGGAGGACCAGCCCAUGGACCUGACCAAAGGCAAGAGUGACAGGAGGGGCUCCGUAUGCUCCGCCCCCCUGACCCCCUCCUCCACGGCCUCCUCCGUCUCUCCCUCCACACACGUGACCCCCGUCAAGAUGGCGGUGGUCUCCCCAUUUACUUCCAGCAGCCCGCUCCACGAGAACGCCCUCUCAGAUAUCUCGGACAUGCUGAGGAACCUGACCCAGACUCACCUCGUCUCCAAGCCGCCCUCCAGAACCCGGGUCCUGGACAGGACCGACCCCCUGGGAUCCACCACGUCGGACGAGGCCGAGGGAUCUCUGGGUCACAAGCGGAAGGGCCGUCAGUCCAACUGGAACCCCCAGCACCUCCUCCUGCUCCAGGCCCAGUUUGCCUCCAGCCUCAGGCAGACGUCCGAGGGCAAGUUCAUCAUCCAGGACCUCAGCCCUCAGGAGAGGAUGCAGGUCUCCCGGUUCACAGGCCUCUCCAUGACCACCAUCUCCCACUGGCUGGCCAACGUCAAGUACCAGCUCAGGAGAACAGGCAGAACCAAGUUCUUGAAGAACUUGGACUCGGGUCACCCCGUGUUCUACUGCAGCGACUGCGCGUCGCAGAUCAGGACCCCUGCUGCCUACAUCUGCCAUCUGGAGGCUCACAUGGGCUUCAGACUGAGAGACCUGGGCAAGCUCUCCCCCAAACAGACCCUGAGGGACGGGAAGGGGAUGCUGUCUGAGAAGCAGCCCCUGGAGGGCUUCCUCCCAGAGCCCCCUGCCCCGGAGGAGGCCGGUAACGGGACAGCGUAUCGCUGCCAGCUGUGCGUCCGUAAGUUUGCGAGUAAACACGCCAUUAAGCUCCACCUCAGCAAGAGUCACGGGAAGUCUCCCGAGGACCAUCUCCUGUAUGUGUGUGAGCUGGACAAACACUAGACGGGCUCUCGUCUUAUCGACGGACUGGAAGGCAAGACGGUCCGAGGAGCGGAACUGUUGGAAAAGCCCGGAAUGGCCGAAGUGUGAAAAUACACAGCGAUGCCGUUCUAACCACUGUUAUAAUUCAGCUUUAUAACUACUGUUCGGAAUCAGCACAAUGCGGUUUACAUUCAUGGCCUCUAAACGUUUCUGGUACAUCUAUAUUUCAAUAGAGGAUUGUUUCAAUUGUGAGAAUGGCUAAAGGUAGAGGUUGUGAUUUUUUCAAGCUUUACUGGGUCAGUUCACUCAACAUAUGAAGUUACUUUUGGUCUUAUCACUAUGCCUCUAGGUAAACAACAGUGAAUAUAGUAAUUUUGUAAUUUUGCAACUUGGAUGAACUAUCUCUUUGAUUAGAAAAUCUAGUCAUUUGAAAUGUAGCACUCGCUAUUGUAUUUUAUUUGGAUUUUGUGAAGUUGACUUCAAAUCGUUGUUGAACUGCAUGUCGGACAAUUGAUCAGAUCCACAUUAAAUAUACUUCAGUUUACUUGGCCAGCGGCCAAACACCUGGUAAAUGAACAGACAAUUAAAACACAUUUUACAUUCUUCCCCAUAACUUCAAGUUAAUGCUUCGGAUAGGCACAGAAUACGUUUUUUAUUUUAUUCUAUCAAGCGCCUUGGGACACCUAUGACUCUAUGACCUAUGACAGUAAUAAAGAUCUCGUUUGCAAACAGAAAAAACUCUCAAACGCAUAUUCAGUGUUAAAAAAUACAACAACAUUAAAAACCAGUGAUAGCAUAACGUCUGGCUGAUGUUGCAGAAAAACCAACUGGACUGCAUAUUUCUCGAGGCCUUGAGGGCUUUCAAAUGAGUACUUCUUCCCCCCCUCCCACAGGGGGCGGUAGGGUGUGGAGCCUUCGUGGGGUCAUUCCUGUGUCUGGCUCCCAUGCCCACAUUUAACGUUGCUCUUACGUUCUGUGACAUGAACUUUCUUUGAUUCCAUAUCUGUAAACAUGUACAUACAGUAUAUACGCUUCACACACGCUGUUUAAAUUAUGCAUACUUGUUAUAUUUCCUUAUUUAAGAGGAUUACAACUACCCACUGGUGCAGACCCUCUGAAGAAGUCAAAAUGACAUUGUUUUGCACAAUAGUUUUAUAAAUGUUAUUUGAUAAGAAAAAAAGUAUAAGAAUAUGUUCAUGCCAUGUGCUUCUAUGAUUAAACUGACUUGAUU